UCAUUUUGCUUCAUCCUCUCAAAAUUUCUACAAAUUAUGAAAAAAUAAAAUUAAAUGGAGAAUGAAAAGCAGCCAGAGAAAUGCCUUAAAUAUCUUCAGUUAAUUCAGCACAAAGACACGAAAUUCAUUGCCUGUGAUCUAAGGAAUGGGGAUUUAGCCAAAUGUCGCAGCUGUCUAACGCCCUUUUGCCAGAAACCUUUUAAAGUAUAUCGUAAUCAGCAUAAUUAUCUGGCCUGUGAUGUUAAGAGAUCACACUCUACAAAUUCCACAAGGUCAUUGCCUGCAAAAGCUAUAACAGGUUUAAAAGUAAACUAAACAAGGAAAAAGGAUAGUCUAUCACUUGGCAAAGGAUAUGUAGAUUGUAGAACUUCAAAGUACAAAACCUCUACAAAAAGUUGCAUUCCAGUUAACAAAAUUGAUAAUCAGGUACAGCAAUUUGUUAAAUCUGAAACAAAACUGCCACCAAAGGCAAUUAAAGUAUCUAUACUAAAGACCACUAAUAAGUACCGAAAACUACACAAUGCCAAGGCUCUUAAAAUGGAUGAAGAACUAACAUCCCAUGCCCAGGAGUGGGCUAAUCACCUGGCUAAUAAGAACCUUCUUGAGACUCGACCUUCUCCCCUUUACGGCGAGAAUAUAAUAUGUGCCCGUAGAUCACUUUUCAGUGUGGACAAAAUAAUGAAACUCUGGUAUCAAGAGAAGUACAAUUAUGAUUACCUUAAGCCAGGCUUCGAUCUGUACACAGGACACUUUACUCAGAUGGUGUGGCGAGGAACGGAAAACCUAGGAGUUGGAGUGGCCUGCAAUAAUUCUAACAUAUGGAUUGUUUGCAACUACAAUCCACCUGGCAAUAUAAGUGGACAUUUCAAGGAGAAUGUUCUACCAAGGAGAUGGCUUUUAGUCAAGGAAAAUACCAAGGAAACCAAAACCAGAAAUUCUAAGCUUAAUCUACCAAAGAAGGAAAAACGUGUUUAA